AUGACGCGUAGGUACUACGGUCGCCAGAACAGCGUGGUGACGGUGAACAACCCGAAGGACCCGAAGACGUACUCGUACACGACCUACGAGCAGUACAAGCAGGCGAUCGACUUCGUGAUCACCGAGGACGAGGAGGGCUUCUGCGCUGACUGCACGUUCGGCUUCUCCAUCCGCACCACCAACGAGACCGCCUGGACCAUCUCCGCCGAGCUGGGAUACGCUCCGUUCAUGCUGCAGCCCAACCAGCCGCGCCGAGGCUCGCUCAUGCCGUUCACGGGCGGCAUCGAGACGUUCUUCUACCUGCACCAGACGUCCUACGCGCCCGUGGAAGUGGCGGUGUCGCGUCUGAGCAAGGACCAGCCGCACGUGGCGCUGUUCGUGUCGACCACGCCGCACGCGAGCAUGGACAACCACUACUGGACGGACACCACGCAGGCGGACGACCGCGCGGAGAUCGAGCUGACGAACGACCACCCCAAGUACUGCACGGACUGCUUCUACUACAUCUCGGUGCUCUACCUCAACCCCGAGAAGGAGACCGACUCCACCUCGCUCGAGAUCGCGGUGAACUGCCCCGAGGGCAUCUGCCAGGUCUGCAAGGACGGCUUCGACCCGUCCACCUCCUGCACGACCUGUCUGCCCGGCUUCUACGGCGCGGACUGCAAGCAGUGCAAGGCCUGCAACCACGGCUCGUGCGACGACGGACUCAGCGGCACGGGCCAGUGCAUCUGCGACGAGGGCUGGAGCCCGUCGGGCGUGUGCAACACCUGCGCGGAGGGCUACUUCGGCCCGCGCUGCGAGGCGUGCCAGAGCUGCAACGGUCACGGUAAAUGUCUGGACGGCCACUUCGGGUCGGGCGAGUGCGACUGCGACUCGGGAUUCGACGCGUCGACGCGCUGCGCGGACUGCAAGAGCGGGUUCUGGGGCCGGGAGUGCAAGGACCAGUGCCCGACGAGCAAGGAAGGAGAGGUGUGCUCGGGACAGGGAACGUGCUCGGAUAAAAUGUACGGAACGGGACGAUGCACGUGCAACGAAGGCUUCGUGGGACUGAAGUGCGACACCCUCUUCGAGAACGACAAGUGCAACCCGCACUGCCAGACCGGAAAGGGAGCCUGCGAUGAGGAGCAGGCCGUCUGCGUCUGCUAUGAUCACUUCUUCGGAAAGGACUGCAAGUACUCGCCAUCCGUCAUGCUCCUCUCCGUCGGACUCACCGUCUUGGUGGUCAUCGUGAUCGUGGUGCUGCUAGCCAUCGUGCUGUACAUCAAGAAGAAGCGAAACAACAAUCCGAAGUCGAUCAGAAUCGUGGAUAACACGCCCUUGUUGAGCGCUGUCUAA